AUGGCUAUAUCCAAGCAUGCGGUUUUCGGUAGUCUUCAAGGUUAUACGAACUGCUCGGCAACGCUUUUAAGCAUUGUGAAUCCGUGUAGCGCGACUGUAGUCCCACAAUGCCCUUCACACAAGUGGCGGACUUGUAUAUUCCUCCGCGGUGUUUGUUGUAUUCAUAGGCCUGCUAUUGCGAAAAGCGCUGGUACAUUUACAGCACGUGAGGACCGUUUCGCAUGGGUAGAGGGGGAGGCUACCGAUGGGUGUAUCACAAUUGGUACCACCAUUCCUUUAGUGUCUGGUAGUAGGCAGCUGCUUGUUCGUGCGUUGUUAGAUAAUAUUUCUGAAGCCCUUUUGAACGCGUUGACAGUCCUGUCCUUGCACCUUCAUGUGAAUUCAACCCCGUCAUUGUAUUCGGGACAAUUUUUUGAACGCGUUGACAGUCCUGUCCUUGCACCUUCAUGUGAAUUCAACCCCGUCAUUGUGUUCGGGACAAUUGCCAUUUUAGAGCAAGAUGCUCAAGUCCUCAGGUCGGACGCGGAAAUGUAUGACGACAGGUUGUGA